AUGCAGCAACAGGCAGUCGCCAAGAUGUUCGCCGGCCAGGAGCAGCUCCUUCCCUAUGGUGUACAGGAUAAUGUCGAGAAUGAGUUAGGAGAGAACUGCAAGCCCGACGAUUCUGCUCUUGAUGAGUCCGAGUCGUCUGUUCAUCGCUCGAGAGUGGUAGAGAGGGUCCCCAAUCAGACUCCACGAGCCGUAUGGCUCAAGAAUUUUUCGUGGUUGUCCGACGUAGCCACUACAGAAGACGGGAAGUAUCAGCUCGGGUGUAAGAUCUGUAUGUGGGCCAAGUCGAAUAAUCGUUUCCUUGCAUCUCAUCGUGUCAAGGAUGCCACGCUUGCGAGUGGUACGUUCAAUGGCCCGGCCAAAAAGGUAGCUGGUAGGCUCUCCAUUCACGAGAGCACAUCCCUGCACCAGCAUGCUCAGAGACAGUGGAAUAGAUUCGAGACAGAGGUGGCUCCUGUAUCCCAGUUGAUUUCGUCUGUGGCGCAGAAGCAGUCCAAAGAGCACCCUAGUGCUCUUCUGAAGGUGUUGCUUUGUCUGCAAUUCCUCUUGAGGCAGGGAGUGGCCAUUCGCGGACAUAUCGACCGAGAUGCCAACUUCUGGAGACUGCUUGACUUCGUCGCGGAGGACUGCACUGUUCUGUCUAACUGGGUGGCCAGAACAUCGAAACGAUCUGGGAUUCUCCUAAGCGAAUGGCCUCACUCUCUCGAAUUGCUGAUGCCGAUGGCACGACCGCGAAACGGUUGCGACCGAUCUGCCCAACUCGUUGGGUGCUCAGAAAUUCUGUACCGCUGUGGGAUAGAGGCGUUGGAGCAACGAUUCGAGAAUGAUGACUUCAACCGCAUCAUGCGGCUAGAGCUUCUAUUGACCAUUCCUCCCACUUCAUGCGAACCAGAGCGUAGCUUUAGAGCGAUGGGACGCCUCAAAAGUGCUCUGCGCUCUACUAUGGGUCAACCGCGUCUCGAGGCUGUCAUGCGGUGCCAUAUAUACCGCGAUCUCAUGUACGAUCUCGAUUUGAUGAAGGUUGCUAAUAGGUUUAUUGAUGCCAACUCCGUGGAAAAGAGUCAUCUUCAUUCCUUCGAGAUAAAAGAGUAG